CGUUGCGUGUCGUUUGACGUGUCAUUAGUACCGGCAAUUGAAUAGUUAACUCUUGUCAUUAGUUGUCAUACAGAUUACAAAGUUUUUCUCCUUUAAAUUGCAGUCAGCUUAGUAGCCUUCAGCUAGUUAUAGAAUUACUGCUAAUUACAAGUUUCUGUUAUUAAUUGAUAAAAGAUCAAAAUUGUUAAAGAAUUAUUGCUUGAACAUCACAUUAAGCAAAUACUACUUUUUAACACUUAUUAUGCUUAUUUAGAGUUGGAAGUUGUUGUUUUUUGAAAAUAAGAUGAACAUGUCAGAUGAAAUAGGGAAUUCUAUGAAAGAAAUAUUUAAGGCGUAUAAAAAUUUAAGAAAAAAAUCCAAAUCAGGUGAAAAUCUAGUCAUCAAGGAGCGACCCCAAUAUUGGGAUGUAGUUAUUCUGACAACCUUCGACUCAGCCCAGAGAGACAGCUUUGAGCAGCAGAUUGCACUGAAGAGACAAAAUGGAAAUUUUCCUGAUGUUCCAAUCCACGUCAUAGCUGAUCCAGUGGAUCAGAAGCUAGGGGUUGGGGGGUCUACUCUGCAUGUUUUGUCCGAGAUGACCAAAAUCUACGGCAGUGACCUUCAUCAGAAAAAGUUGCUUAUUAUUCACUCAGGUGGAAGCAGUCAGAGGUUACCAAGCUAUAGUGUCAUUGGCAAGAUUUUUGCUCCAGUUCCUUGCCAAGAGCUGAUUGUUGGCAUGUCCAUUCCACAAAUGUUGGACCUAAAGCUUGCAAUGUACCUGCCUUUCUGUCAGCUGCUACAACCUGGAGUGUUUGUCACCUGUGCUGAUGAUAUAGAAACUUACUGUCUUGAUGCAGAAAAGCUAGAUAUUGAAACACUUCAGGCAGCAGAUGUGGUGGCAUUGGCACACCCCUCUGACAUCCAGACAGGGGAGGGGCAUGGAGUUUAUGUGUUUGAGGACCAGGACUCAGAAUAUAUGGCUGGAGAUGACAGUAACUGUGUGCGGCAGUGUGCAGAGGUGCUGCAGAAACCCUCAGAGAGCAUCAUGAGGGCCAGGGGAGCAGUGUUAACCAAAGAGGAAAGUGGCUGUUCCAGAGAGCAAGUAUGGAGUGACAGUGUAUUCUGGCUGAGUGCAAAGCUGUAUGAUAAGUUAUUGAAAUGGUAUAGUAACAACACUCCAUUAACCUCAGAACUCGAUGCCUAUGCACACUUCCUGCCAUGCCUUGGGUCUAGAAUGAAAAAUGCACAGCCCUCAGACUUCACAGAUUUUCGAGCCGAGAUGCUGCCUUUACUUCAGGACUGCAACUUCCAACUGGUCCUUCUUAGCAAGUCUAAGUUCUAUCAUCUUGGCACAAUGGAGGAAUAUCUAAUGCACUUCAACAUCUUGGAUGAGUUUUGCAGAGAAUUAGGAAUUGUGAAGAACACAAGUAACAUUCCUAAACCCUUCAUUGGAGGAGGUGAAAGCUCCAGUAAAGAUGUUAGUAUUCAUAAAGAAAUGACUAUUGAAACCUAUUUUUCUGAUGCAACUCUCGGGAUAACAAUUCUACAGGACGAAGCUCAGGUUGUCAUUGAAAACUGCCUUAUAGAUGUUCCAUUGCAAAUUGAGGGGCACACAAUCAUUAGUAACUGCACCUUGAAAAAGUGCCCCAGUGUGAGAUUUCUCCAUGACAAGAUCAGUUUAUUCCAAGGUUUCUUGUAUCACACUGUACCUGUUACUUAUGAGAACCAAAUCCUAUAUGUAACCAUCGCUUUUGAUGUAGAUUGCAACAUGAAGAAAACAUCAAAGAAUUUGUCAGAGAUUGAGCUGUAUGGAACUACCCUCAGUAAUGUGGUUUGUUAUCUUGGUUAUAAAUCAGAAGACGUGAUAUCAAAAAAUGCAGCAGUCAUAUCUCUUUGGACAGCAAAAAUAUUUGUGGCGAAACCUACAGCUGCUGAGAGCUUUUGGUGGACCCACUACAAUGUGAAUCUGGUGCUGAACAAGCUGCAAGGUAUGCCAAAGCAAACAGAAUUAGAUAGUGGUAACAGUCUAGUGUUACUUAGUAUGUAUGAUGUUACUUUACAUAAGAAUCUAGAGAGUUUAUUGAAGGACAGAGAACAUCUUAGCAGCCUUUUGAAGGAAUAGAUUUGUAGAUGGCUAGAUUUAGUUUUAAUAGUUAUGAACAGAUAGUUCAUUGUGCAAUACUGAUUUAUUUUGUGAUUUUAUUGCAUUUGUUGCAGCGUGAAUGAUGGGAACAAGGAAAUCUCAAGAGUGUUGUGAAAAUUAUAAAGGAUUCUUAAAUAUUUUAUUUCUUGAUAUAUAAUAUAAAUGUAUUGGUUGUAUAACUUGACAUUAUAUUACUUCAUUAAAAAAACAAGUUAUUGUUUAUUAAACUACAAUAAUGAACCAAAUAGAGUACUUGGUGCCACCACUAUCUUUUCUUAAAAUUAUGUCAGUAUCAAGAAUGAAAGAUAAACCUUUAUAUGUGCAAAUUUUCUAAAAAGGUGACAUAAACAGAUUCAUAUAUAACAAACCUAAUUAUUUUCAGUGCUGUACAAGAUGGUCACUGAUCUUAUAUACAGGGGCAUGGUAAGCCUAAAUGAACAGUAAGACAAUAGGCACAAUAUUUACUCAGGUCCUCAUCCUGCCUAUUCUGUCUUUAAACGAUCUGCCAAAGUUCCCAUGACAAAACAUUUUUUUUUAUUAGAUACUUAGUAUUGAAACACAGCAAGUAUUCCCCUCUUUAAAAAAAAGUGGGUGUACUGUCCACUUACAUUUACAAGGUUCCCUUGCCUAGACCAGUUGGUUGUGUUUCAGGACAGGAUAUUCCACUUGGUGAAUCUGUACAAAGGUCACCAUACCUGGGCUUGAGGUCAAGAGUUUAAAGUCUUCACUUUUCUCACACACUUUGUUUUUACCUAGCUUUUUCAUAUGUAAAAUCCAAAAGGUACAUGCAACACAGAGAGAUAGGGCAGUCCAUGGGAUAGUGAAUAAAAUUACCAUAAUAUCUUAA